AUAUGUGAUGGCUGUGAGCUCCGGUUAAGCGCGCAGUGAGUUGUGGAGCCUCGUUUAAGUGACAAUGUGGGCACUGGAAUUCGUUGCUUUUUGAGAUAUUCGUAAAUGCAGUGAAGCCCCCAAUAUGGGACUGCUAAAUAAUGCGCAGCCAGGCAUCAUGGCCGAGCCUGGUCCUGAGGAUUUGGAGCUCAUAUGGUGUGAUGAGUGCGGUGAAUAUCAUGACACAGAGUGUCCUGAGAGGGGGCCGCUGCAGGUCAUCACCACAGCCACCACGCGCGCACGUGCGACCCUGCCACCGUCCCUGGAGAUGCGUGGGUGCACGCGUGGCGGCGAGGGCGUGUUCUGUCGCAUUGCGCUGCUCAAGCGCACGCAGUUUGGACCCCUGGAGGCGCCACGCACACCCCACACACCUCCGCCCCGUGCUGAUGGGGUGCAUACCAUGCCACUCAAGGUGUUCUCCAAGGAAGGAGUGGUGAACCUGGACAUGCAGGAUGAGUUGCUGUGUAACUGGAUGAUCCUGGUGAGGCCGGCGACCCAGCACCACCAUCAGAACCUCACCGCCUACCAGUACAACCACGACAUUUACUUCACCACGUCACAGGACAUCCCGGCUGGCACGGAGUUGAGGGUGUGGUACGCCGCAUUCUAUGCCAAGAAGAUGAGCAUGCACACCCUUCGUCCCCGCGGGCAGCUCUGUGUCCUGUCUGCAGAGGCUCCUCCCGGAGGUCCCAGUGAAGUCUUCACUCAAACGAGUGUAGAGGAGGGAGAGGACAAGAAGGUGUGGAGGUGCCAGGUGUGCCCAGCACUUUUUGAGCACGCGCAGCAACUAACAGAUCACCUGGUGGUUCAUCUGAACGAAGCCCCUGCCCCAGCAAAUGCAGGGUCAUCGUCGCACCCUCAUUUACAGACCCCAGACCCUACACCGCACAUGGCACCGCUUACAACAUCAACACCACACCCAGUACCACACAGCGCACCGCACCCAGCACAUCACACCACACCGCUCCCCGAAUCACAACCUCUACCGCAAACUACAACGCACACCACCCACCAACCUCCGUCCCACGUCCUGUCGCCGAUUAUGCCGCAAAUGCUGUCGUACGUGCCGCCUGCGGUCGCUGGCCCUGCCGGGUUUGGUGCCGAAUCCACUUCCGCCGCUGCUGCUGCCGCCAGCGCCAGUGCCACGUCCGAGCUCGAUUCCAUCGCCAGCACCGCCUUCAGCGGUGCCACCGGUCCUGGGUCGGGUUCCAGUUCGGCUUCUGGGACGACGACGCGUGUUUCGCGACAUAGGAAGGCGGCCAGGCCUUACGGGGAGGAAGCUUAUAUGGGGCUGAGGGGUUAUGGCGAAUUGUCAGCGUCGGAAAAGGCAGAUGGAGAGGGAGCAACACACACCACUCUUCGGCGCAGAUUCAGCAGGAAGGGGUAUCGACCUCAAAGGGUCCUGCAGUGCGAGUUCUGUCAAAAAACCUUCAGCAACUGCAGCAACUUCAACCGACAUGUGCGCUCACAUGGGGAUAAGAUGUUUCGCUGUGAGGAGUGCGGAAAGGACUUCACUCGGAAGGAGAGCCUCAAACAGCAUGUGUCCUACAAACACAGCCGCCCCACGGUGGACAUUGAAUUCCCACAUCAGUGCAUCGGUUGCCACAAGGCCUUCAAGACCGAGGGGGCAUUGCAAUUUCACAAUUGUCAAACUGAUGAGCGCACCUUCCAGUGCGGGGUGUGCAUGAAGUUCUUCUCCACCGGAUCCAAUCUCUCCAAGCACCGCAAGAAGCACGGGGAGCGACGCUUUGCGUGUGAGGUCUGCCACAAGGGCUUCUACAGACGCGACGUCAUGUUGGAGCAUUUGCGCCGGCAUUUGGAACGUGCUAAGCGCUGGAGCAAGGAGGAUGGAGAUGCGGAGACAGAGGGGCGAAACAAGUAUCGCAAGGAGCCCUCGCCCUGUCCUGUGUGCAAUAAGGUGUUCUCCUGUCGCAGUAACAUGAACAAACACCUGCUGACUCACGGAGACAAGAAGUACGCGUGCGAGAUCUGUGGCCGCAGGUUCUACCGCGUGGACGUCCUUCGAGACCACAUCCACGUGCACUUCAAGGACAUUGCUCUGAUGGCCGACGGGGAACGUGACACCUUCAUUAGUCAGCUGGGCAUCCAAGCUGACGAGGACGGACCACCCGGAGAUUCCCAUGAAGACGCACCCCACAAAUACAACUGCAAGCGCUGUCAGCUGACGUUUGCACGUGGCGGGGAGUACCUGAGCCACAUCAUGGAGAUCCACAAAGAGCGUGGCUUCUGCUGUGACAUCUGCGGCCGCCGUUUUGCGCUCAAAGCCACGUACCACGCCCACAUGGUGAUCCAUCGCGACCGACUGCCCGAGUCCGACCCCACUGUGCACAAAUACAUACACCCAUGUGAAUUGUGUGGAAGGAUCUUUAACAGCUCCGGGAACCUGGAACGACAUCGUGUCAUACACACAGGAGAAAAGACACACGGAUGCGAUGUGUGCGGGAAGUGCUUCGCAAGAAAGGACAUGCUGAAGGAGCACAUGCGUGUGCACGACAACAUCCGGGAGUACCUCUGUGCAGAAUGCGGAAAGGGCAUGAAGACAAAACACGCUCUGCGCCACCACAUGAAGCUGCAUAAGGGGAUCCGUGAGUUUGCCUGCGAAAUCUGUGGCCGGGCCUUCAGUCAAAAGGUCAACAUGCUCAAGCAUAUGCGACGCCACUCCGGUACCAAGGACUACAUGUGCGAGCUGUGUGGGAAAACCUUCUGUGAGAGGAACAGCCUGGAGGUGCACAAGUUGGUACACACGGUUGGGAAGCAGUUUGAGUGCACGUUGUGUCAGCGAAAGUUUGUCACGGAGUACAUGCUGCACAAGCAUGAGCAGCUCACCCACCAGCGCGUGGAGGCACGCGCUUGCGACGCCUGUGGGGCAAAGGUGUCCACGCGCGCCUCCCUCACGCGCCACCUCAAGCGCAAGCACCCUGAGUUGGUGCACAUUCACUUCGCUCAGGGCCAGGACCUGGAGAACACACCCACCAUCACCAUCGUGCCGACACAGCUGACUACACUACAAGAGGAAGAUGACCCAGCAGCCUCGUCCCCUGGCACCAAGCUUGAGAUGCACACCACUGAAACCACUCACCAGGUGGUGGUUACAGUGACCGAAUCCAUCCCGGAAGGGAGCGUGACCUGCGAAGAUGGAAGCAUGACCUGUGACAACGGGGGUGUGGGCGCUGACGAGGGGGAUGUGGCUUGCAGGGAAGUGGGUGUGGCGUGCGGAGAGGCUGGCGUGGCUUCCACUAUGGUAGGGGUGUCACUGGAGAGCGCCAUCCUGGCCACGCUGGACAUGGUGCAGCGUGCGGGCGGCUCCAUUCACAUCACCCCCGCACACAGCAUCACAAGCUCGCUGGGGCAGACCAUGGCAUCGCUGGAGCAGCCCGUCACCUACACGAGCUCGUCGGGCAUCGUGUCGUUACCGGGGCAGCAUGUCACCUACACUAUUAGCCCGUCGUCUGGGGCUGUAACCUUCACGAGCGCGGCCGGCGAGCUACCGUCUCCGGGCCAUUCGACCGUGCUGGCGCCGUCGCCGACGCUGUCGUGCGGGGGGGGGCAUUGCGAGAAAAUACGCUCGCAGGGGAACUCCGGCACGGACAUGGAUGACGAGGACGCGAGUGUGCUUGCCUGCGCUCGCCACGACGCCGACGUGCUCGUACUAAAACACGGCGGCGCCGGCGUGCUCUCGCACAACCGGACCAAGGUUGUGCUCGUGCACAGGGACACGGACGUGCAUGUGCUCGGACAAGCGGGUGCAGAUGUGCACGUGCACGCGCAUGGCAGCGCUGAUACGCGCUCGCUUUCGCACGGGCACGAGGACCCGCAGGAGCUUGCCAGCACGCCAUGGGUAACGCAUGGUGGGGAAGAUGAUGACGAUGAUGUUGUUGAAGAUAUUGAUGAUGUUGAUCAGCAUGGUCAACAUGAACAUAUGGAGUAGGAUGUGUUAUGUGUGAUGUGUGUGUUUCUGUUGUGAUUAUUGCUGAGUGAGUGAUGGUGAGGUGGUGUAUUUUGUGUGUGAGCUGGAAGGAUCUGUGGGCCUUGGAAGCGAGGCGGUUGAGCUUUUCCAUCAGAGCAACAUAUGACGUCCUUCCAACACCAGUUAAUCUUCAACAAUGGUAUGGUGAAGCUCCGGACUGUGCCCUCUGUUCCAUGCCAGCCAACCUCAGGCACAUUCUCACAGGGUGUAAAGCAAGCCUCACCCAAGGACGCUACACUUGGCGUCACAACCAAGUCCUUAAAAACCUUGCGUCCGCCCUGGAGGACAAGCGAGCUGCCACCAACUCCGUACCACCCCCAGCAGCAUCACACCCCUUACGGACGACCUUUGUCCGCGAAGGGGCUAAACCACCGAAGAGCGGCUCUACACCAAUAGAGCGAGACCAGCUGCGCUUGGCCCGCGAGCUGACAUUGGCCGGCAACUUGUGUUUCCUCCGGAGAUCGCAACCACCACCCUAAGACCUGACAUGGUGCUCUGGUCCCGUUCGCUCAAGAAGGUCUUCAUCAUUGAGCUCACAGUACCCUGGGAGGACUCAGUAGAUGAGGCUUAUGAGCGAAAACAUCUGCGCUAUGCCGAUCUAGCUGCCGAAGCACGGCAUCAUGGCUGGAACACAUAAGUCCGACCAGUGGAGGUGGGCUGCAGAGGUUUUGUGGCAACAUCUACAACCAGACUGCUUAGAGACCUGGGAAUUAAGGGCCAGAGCCAGCGUUCGGCAAUCAGAGCUGUAUCGGAGGCGGCAGAAGGCAGCAGUCAGUGGCUCUGGACGAAGAGGAAAGACCCCAGCUGGGCCCCAAAAUGAGAGGGCCAGGAGGUAUGCAGUCAACAUUGCUUGACUCAGAGAGGAGGACGCCCCUGCCAUGCAUAGUCCCAUGGGAUGUUGGCUAUCAACAACAAGGCAACUCCUAUGACUAAUUGGGAAUGGGAGGCAAGCGUAGGAUUGAUCACCCUGUCGCUGGCCGCCUUUGGGGAGGGUGUAUAGUAUGAAAGGCCGAAACACCCGAGGAACCAAAGGUUCACUACUGACGAUGCGCUCCCCAAAUUUCACCAGGCUCACUGUUCAUGAACUCUUGGAAGUGCUUGCACAAAGGAUAGUAACAUCUCAUCCUGUGUUCUUUGGAAUCACAUUUAGUGUAAUAUGGGUGGUGUGGUGCAUCUGUCAGUCUAACUCAACCCAUAACACUUGGGUCUCACCGAUGAUCUGCCAGCCUCAAAGUGCAUCUAAGCUUGCACUAGUGCAGUGGUGACGUUACCUGGCUGCAAAUGUCGGCUGUUGUAGAGAGGUUGUAUGUAUGUUGAACUUAUUUCGCACCGUACGUAGCCAGGGGAAGAUCUCGACCUGUAUGUGGAUAUAGUAUGCCUUGGGCCUUAAUGCCAGCUACCCUCUUAUCAUAUCCAUAAAAAAUAUACCUAAGCUGGAGAGUAUUUGAUCAUGUUAAGGGAUUUUGUAUCAGAUAAAAUUACGUUAAUUUAAAAGUGAGGUUUUUUGCAGAACUGUGUCCUGAAUCUGGCCCGUGGUUCUUAUGAAACAUGUGGUCUGUAUGAAGUUCGUAAAUCAUUUAAAUAAAAAGUCGUUUGUAUAGCCAAAAUUCUGUGUAUUUUUGAGCAGCUUCAAAUUAUAUUGUAUUAGGAUUUGAGGUUUUAGGUCGUAAUAUGUACCUUUGUAAUGUGCCUGUGACAUUUUAGCUGCUGCAUGUCACUUUAUUGAAGUGUCUCUGGGCAUGGCAGCUGUCUUCAUAUUUGCUGAAGUAUUGAUUAUAAUUGUGGCAUAAUAGCACAUAGAGCAUCGUCUAAAUAAAUGUAUCAUAGCACAAUAGCAGCCCAUUGGAAUGUCGCAUGUGCAUCACAGUGUGAGUGGUAGGUUGUCAGAGGGAAUGGAAUAUGUUGAAAUAGUGGAUCACAAACAGUCGUUUACUGCAGAAUGGAAUAAAAGGGUGCAAAUAGGAUACUGGAAGCUCACUAUUUACGAAAUUCAAGGAGAGGUUCAUUAUUUUAUUUUUUAUAAUGUAUUUUUGUGAACACUUUAUAACGCUAUAAAUGUCACUACAUAUUAUUUGGGUCUUUCGGUAAAGUCACGUAGAUAGGUUCAAAGAAAAUAAAAAAUAAAACUACGUUUCAAUCACAACACAAGCGUCCUAAUGACGAUCGCUUGUGUUGUGAUUGAAACG